AAUGCGGGGAAAGCGAUAUAGCCUGAAUCAGCAUCCACUUUAAACCAAUAACAGAAUGGUCAUCCUUUUCCCUUGGUCACGUGACGGUCCGGCUAUCAAGAGUACCAGAGUCCAAAACUGCCCUCUAAAAACUGUGGACACUCUUCUUCUACCAUGACAGACACAAUUAAAAAGCUCGUGUCAGGGUGCCUGCAGGCCCGGGACAGGGCAUACUGUCCGUACAGCGGGUUUUCUGUCGGUGCCGCCGUAUUGACAGCAGAUGGCGCUAUAAUUACAGGCUGUAAUGUGGAGAAUGCCUCCUAUGGUCUCACAGUGUGUGCUGAGCGAACCGCCAUCCAGAGGGCAGUGGUGGAAGGACACAGACAGUUCACUGCCAUUGCUGUAACAUGUGAUAUCAAAGACCGUUUUGUCGGGCCGUGUGGAGCAUGUCGACAGGUUCUUAUGGAGUUUGGAGCAGAUUGGAUUGUAUACUUGAUCAAGCCUGAUGGAUCUUACAAAGAAACCAGCCUCAAUGAACUGCUGCCUCACGCAUUUUCCUCUGAACACCUUGCAAAGAAAUGAGGAGACUACACAGCCGUUUAUUCAUUUUAUGGUUGUUGUUGUUGCAAGCUAGUCUUGAGAUGUGUUACAAAAACACUGCAAAUUGAUAGAAAAAUGAAAUAAACACAUCCUCCUAAA